CGGAGGCUCCCCCGGGAUUCAGCCUCAGCAGCGAGGCAGCGGCGGCUGCGGAGGCGCAGGCAGCAGCUGAGGCAGCGGCAGGCUCAGGUGCAGCCGCUGGAAGCUAAAGCUGUGUAUAUUUGUGGAUCAGACAAGUGCAGCAAGUUAUUAUCAUUGGCUUCUGAAGGGGACAGUGAGGUGAUGGCUGCGUUUAAGUUGGAUUUCCUUCCAGAAAUGAUGGUGGAUCAUUGCUCUUUGAAUUCCAGUCCUGUCUCAAAGAAAAUGAACGGCACCCUGGACCACCCAGACCAACCAGAUCUUGAUGCUAUCAAGAUGUUUGUGGGCCAGGUUCCAAGGACCUGGUCGGAGAAAGACUUGAGGGAGCUUUUUGAGCAGUAUGGUGCUGUCUAUGAAAUCAACAUCCUAAGGGAUAGGAGCCAAAACCCUCCUCAGAGCAAAGGGUGCUGUUUUGUUACAUUUUACACCCGUAAAGCUGCAUUAGAAGCUCAGAAUGCUCUCCACAACAUGAAGGUCCUACCUGGGAUGCAUCACCCUAUACAGAUGAAACCUGCUGACAGUGAGAAGAACAACGCUGUGGAAGACAGGAAGCUGUUUAUUGGUAUGAUUUCCAAGAAGUGUACUGAAAAUGACAUCCGAGUCAUGUUUUCUUCGUUUGGACAGAUUGAAGAGUGCCGGAUAUUGCGGGGACCUGAUGGCUUGAGCAGAGGUUGUGCAUUUGUGACUUUUACAACAAGAACCAUGGCACAGACAGCUAUCAAAGCAAUGCACCAAGCACAAACCAUGGAGGGUUGCUCAUCCCCCAUGGUGGUAAAGUUUGCUGACACCCAGAAGGACAAAGAACAGAAGAGAAUGGCCCAGCAACUCCAGCAGCAGAUGCAGCAGAUUAGCGCAGCGUCUGUGUGGGGGAACCUGGCUGGUCUGAACACACUUGGGCCCCAGUACUUAGCACUUUAUUUGCAGCUCCUUCAGCAGACUGCCAACUCUGGGAACCUCAACACCCUGAGCAGCCUCCACCCAAUGGGAGGGUUAAAUGCAAUGCAGCUCCAGAAUUUGGCUGCACUGGCUGCUGCAGCUAGUGCAGCUCAGAAUACACCAAGUGGUACCAAUGCUCUCACUACAUCCAGCAGUCCCCUCAGCGUACUCACCAGUUCAGCAGGGUCUUCACCGAGCUCCAGCAGCAGUAAUUCUGUCAACCCCAUAGCCUCACUUGGAGCGCUGCAAACAUUAGCCGGAGCAACAGCUGGCCUCAACGUUGGCUCAUUGGCAGGAAUGGCUGCUUUGAAUGGAGGUUUGGGCAGCAGUGGCCUUUCCAAUGGCACUGGGAGUACCAUGGAAGCCCUCACCCAGGCGUAUUCUGGUAUCCAGCAAUAUGCUGCUGCAGCCCUCCCUACUCUGUACAACCAGAAUCUGUUGACACAGCAGAGUAUUGGUGCUGCUGGAAGCCAGAAGGAAGGUCCAGAAGGAGCCAACCUGUUCAUCUAUCACCUACCCCAAGAGUUUGGAGACCAGGACUUACUGCAGAUGUUUAUGCCCUUUGGGAAUGUCGUGUCUGCCAAGGUUUUCAUAGACAAGCAGACCAACCUGAGCAAGUGUUUUGGCUUUGUAAGUUAUGACAAUCCUGUCUCAGCUCAAGCUGCCAUCCAGUCCAUGAACGGCUUUCAGAUUGGAAUGAAGAGGCUUAAAGUGCAGCUCAAACGUUCGAAGAAUGAUAGUAAGCCCUACUGAUCGUGCUCCCCUCUGAGACUGGAGUGAGAAGAUCUUCUGGCACAGCUUGCCCUGAAGACUCAGCUACUGCCUUCUGUGGGAGUGUCGCUUCGUACAGAGGACAAGUUUGUGCUUUGGUUUCCAGUGUUUUACUUUGGAGUUUAGGUGCCAUAUCCUGAGGGUUUUGUUUUGUUUUGUUUCUUUUUCCCUUUAUUUAAAGUUUGCUGUGUUUGUAACUAGUAUGUUGAGAAGGACCAACACCAGUCCACCUUGAGGAAGAGAGAAAUGGGUUUAAAAGAUAAUUAGAACAUGCCCCAAACCAUGGAAAGAGAGGGCUGAGCAGAACAGAAAGUUGAUCUCCAAGGUCUCUCUCCCUGCCUGCAAGGGUGGGUAGACUGAGAACUAAAGUCUAAUGCGGUAUGGGGCAGAAUGGGUGAGAUGGCUUGGCAUCUAGACCCCUUCAUGACUGGCUGCUUUCUGUGGAAAUGCUGAACUUACGCCACCUAUUUUUCUAAUUUUUGUCCUGGAUUUCUGCUCUUCUCUAAAAGAGGGUAAGCAAGUCUCAGGAAAUAACGCACUUUUCAUUUAGCCUGGAAUAUGCAAAUAACAGGGAGAUACCCAUGACUAGCCAGCCUGGCCCACCAUUCGUGUUUUAUUGUCCUGCCUGGUUGGUGGCAACCAGAGAGGUCAUUUUAGUUUAUUUCAACAUGAAGUUAGACUAUGCCCAUUUCCAGCAGUUCCUUUUGAAGAAAGUCUAUGGAAGUUCACCACACCAAGGAAUGUUGCCUCCUUCUCCGGCCACAGUUUUCUCACGAAAGCAGACCUAAGAAGCUCUUGCAGCCUUUCUAGCCAACAAGGGUGCAGUUCAUGGGCAGAGCCAUCAAGAAGCCAUUUGAGUGAUGGAGGAGAGACCAGCUUCUUGGUGUGCCUGAAUCAAGGUCUCUGCAAGCCACUGUGCUGUAUUUGAGCAGAGCCUAGUAUUCAAGAAGGUUCAGAAGUGCAUUUCUGCCUCCUUAAUGAAGUGUCCCAAAUGUUGUAUAUCUCAUAAAGGUCUGACAGGCCUCUCCUCCAGCCACUCUAGCCCCAUUCUCUGUCCUUGAAGGCAGAAGAGAGUACAGGAAGUUUACAGGCUCCAUAUGGAUUUAGUGUUCAUUUACCUCAGUAUUAACCCAUGUUCAUUUUGUCAUGAUGCUUACAGUGAGCUCCUGCUGCCUUUCACGGGUCUUAACUCCAGCCUUUGCCAGUGUCCCACACAGCCUCUGAGCAGAGGUGGUAGCCCUAUAAGUAUAUGAUUAAUAACCACAGCCAGGGCCUGGUUCCUGAGUCAUUGGAAGCUUAAACCUCACAACGUCUUGGCUCUCAGCAGCAGAGAUUAGAAGGGGCUAGCCUGCUUUAAGUCAGAUGGGGACACUCACUCUCCUUGUCAUGCUGUCCCUGUGAAUAACAAACAGGGACUGACCAUCUUGCUGUUGUGCAGGAAGUUGUUAGUGAUGUUGUCCCAUUGAUGCUGGGACAGCUGCUCUCUUAAUAGUGAUGAGUUGAGUCUGUUGUCCUCUUAAACACGAAACAUACACUUCUUCAGCUGAACCACGUAAACUUGAAUUCUGUGCACUGGGAGAAAAGUGUCCUGUGUUUCAAGAUAAAACUGUUCUAAAGGCUUCCAGGGUAAUGAUGGAUUUUUUAAAAUAAUGCAAAAAAUAAAAAAUAAAAAAUUAAAAAAAAACUUAAAAAGGAAAAAAAGAAAAAAGAAAAAAAUGCUAGGUUGGGCAGGCACUGCUUUGAAUCCCAACCAGCUGGAACCAAGAAUGUUGUUUCUAUUUUUAUAGAAGUUUUAUACAGCUCCGGGGUGGAGAAUAUUUAUUACCUAAAUUAUAUCUCUGGAAAAGGCCAGGAUUUUGUAGAAUCCAGAAUGUGAUUGUUGUACACACAGGGUGCUGUGUAUGAUUGAAACUACUGACUUUCUGUGACCGUUUGCAGCCCAGGUAACCUGUCCAAGGGGAAGGCUAACAUUAAUGCUGUGAAUUGGCAGAGGCAAGAGCUGUGCUCUAUAGGGUGCUGCCAGUGCUGUGUUCCCUCACCUUCUGUUCUGUCUUCCUCCUUGGCCAGAACACCACAUUCUUUCCCCUUCUUCCGGCUUCCCUCUAUCUUUCCCAUUUUUGUCCACAGAUUUUGUCCUGUGCUCCAGGACCAUAUGAAACCUUCCUAAUGAUAUUAGAGGCAAAGGCGUGACUCCACCUUUGGGAGUACAGACCCCAGACUUCAUACCUACUUGUGAUUUCUAAAAGGAGCACUUGCUCUAGCAGAGCCAUGGUCUGCUCAGUCAGCCAGCCAGCCAGCUGGGGAGACCAUGUACUUCCAUUGUCCCGUUUGCCCAGCACAGCAGUAGCACUGUCCUUGAGCACAGUUCUCUCCCCAGGCCAAAGAUGGUUUUGUUGAAGAAGCUGCUCCCCUGUAAGUCUUGAUGUGGAAGGGAAGGGCUCAGCUUAGAGUGGAGACUGGAGUGAUGAAGUCUUAAGCAGUCCGUUUCUGUUGCGUGGAGGUUUCACUUAGUGUGUUUUCUGCUGUAGUUUUGUUUCGUAGAUUAUAUCAUGCCAUUGAUUUGCCUUCAGUGCAGCCCAACCACUAUCUCCUGGGUUCCACACGAGUGGUCAGGGCUUCUGUGGAAGCUUAGGGCUUGGAUUUCUGGGAACGAAGGGCCAUCCCAAGAUCGAGCAAGAAACUCUGGCCCUCUACCUUAAAUAGUCUCCCUCCCACUCUAGUUAGCAUCUUUUGUUGCUGAGACUUGCUUGCCCAAAGACUGUCUGGAUAUGUUGGGUGCUUUGCAGGAAAUCCAAGCCUUAGGUUCCCUUCUGUCUCUGGCAGUCAGAUGUUCUCUUGGUGUCCUUCAUGUCCUUUUGAACUUUUCCCUGUGUCCAUUGUUAGCAUGUGCAAAAAAGUUCUUGUCAUUCCCCACCCCUGCCCUUCCCCGCCUCCUCAUUUCAGGGCUGCAUACAGUGAGUGUCCUGUUCUCUCUCUCUGUUUGGAUGUAUUGCUCUGUGUAACUCAGUGGAUCUCCCUCUUUCUGGUUUGUUUUUUUUCUAGAUUCCUGCCGUUUGUUCAUCGUUGUGCCUAAAGCAUGUCGAUGUGGCGUCAAGUACAUCGUCCAAAUCCCUGUCUCUUCAGCUUCUCUGAUGCUUGAACUCUCACCUUUGACCUUGUGUUGACCUUUGAUGCUGAUGUGUAUUUUAUUAUGUUUGUUUCUUUCUUUGUUUUUUCUUUUUUCUUUCUUUUUUUUUCCCUUUUGUGCUGCCAAAAUUGGUUUUGCUAGAACGACUGCUGAAGGGAAAAUAUUUAAACUUGCAUUUGAAUAUAAAAAAAAAUCUAUUUUUCUAGAACUUCCUAAGAUAACCACUUGAUUUUGUGAUUCCAAUUCUUUGUAACUGUCUCAGAGCAGCCCUACUAGCACAUGCCGUGUGGUGUUUGUAUCCUUGUGAACACACAGCCAGUCCGCUUCCAGGCUUUCUUCCUCUGUGUGCUUCGUUUUAAAGACAGCUUUGAAAUAAACAAUGAAAUAAAAGAUGUCACUAAAAUCUUUGAGGCUCCUGAACACAUUUUGCUGACAUAGUUUUGGGGCUUGAGGAGACCGCAUGUUGUUAUUAAUUUUUGUUUUUCUGAGUUCUCAACUGCAGAAAAUGUCUGAAAUACCCACCCCCUCCCCCCCAUUCCCUUUUCACUGGAGGCUGAGGUUUGGGCCCCAGCUACCCUUUUUCCUUUUCCUUUGUGGUUCUUCCUGAAGCAGCCUGCAGGGAAGCCCUAGGGUCCCUCCUCCCCUCCCCUUGGCUCAGCCAGCUCACACCUAUGCUAUUCCUACAGUCUCCACAGCAAAAUGUGAUGCUUUCGACUUUUUUGGGUUUUGUAUUGUUUUUGCCUUUUUGUUUUGAGUUUUUCCUUUCCUACUAAGAUUAUGCCCAGAAAAACAAGUUGUGCAUGUUCCCUGCUGCUUCUUCACACCUUCGUAUGUAUCACCCUCACCUCUCUGUUUUCUAUAGUUUGUGCAAAAACUGACUGAUUUAAAGGGGUUUCAAAGAAGAUGUUUUAAAUUGUUAUGGGGUUGAUUUUUUUUUUCCUCAGAGUGUAUUGUUUUAUUUUGAAGUGGCAACUUUCUCCUCUAUUGCCCUUAGAGUGUUUGCCUGUGCACUUAGACUGUCACUCUUUGUGGCCUCCAGGUCUCAGUGGGGGAUCCAGGAGGCUGGCUGCUCUGCUCAGGGAGUCCAGAGGGGCAGAGAGGCAGAAGCAAAGGUGGCUGUGGGUAGGCAGGAGGCUUAAGCACACAAGGCUGGAUCACAGAGGGAGGAGAGAGGGCACUGCUUCUGACUGACUCCCCAGAGGAGGCCAUCUGUGCACUGAGUGGCAGUACACCUGCCUGCCUGCCUGCCUGCCUGCCUGCCUGCCUGCCUGCCUGCCUGCGCUUUCCUAGGUGACAAGCACAAUAAAUACUACAGUCUUCACACUGUUUACAGCUCUGGGCACCAACCACCCCACACUGGCUCCUCACUACGGCUCUGCUCUUACUUAGCUGGGAGAGUUGGGGGAGGGGCAAGAAUUUGUUUUUAAAUUGGGUGAGGAGCCAGAUAGCUACUGUCCCCAGGUGCCAGGCCAGCCAGCUCUUUGGUUUCCUAAGGGAAACUUACCCUCUUCUCUUGUAGCACCAUCCAGCCUCAGGGUCUUGGGGACUUGGAAGAAUGUGAAUGGAGGAGGAGACUAGAGGAAAUGAGUAGUCAGGGACGGAUCUGUGAAGAGCAGAGGCAGCAGGGGGGAUUUUUGAUAGAUCCCACUGAGACUUAAGCACUGGUGGGAGGGAAAGUGGAAGCAAGAUUGUCCCGAAAAGGGUGGCAAGGUGCAGCAAGGGAUGGGGUGGUGAGGAGGAGAAAGCACUGUCCAGCAUCAUCCACUCCCUGGUGAUGAAGGGACUCCAGCUCAGUUUCUGCUUUGGGUCCCCUACAGGUUGCCCAAUAUAUUAUGCUUGCAGAGGCUACCUUACUAGGAAGAAAUGGCAGCCAAGUGGGGGGACCCCUGUAAGUAGGCUGCUUAAUGUCCUGGAAGGGGUGGUGGGAUGAAAGAGGCCAGAGCAUGAGAGACCCUGCUGUGUGCCCCACAGUCUGACUGCACAGAGCGCCUCUGUUGGCAGGAGGUGCUGAGGCCCCUUCCUGUGUACUGAGAAGCUGUGUUUGCCAAUAUAGUUUGCUUUCAAUUCCAAGAGGAGCUCUGGGAAAACCUGUGGAUAAAACCAAAUGCCAAAUGUUGGACAUUGUUUCCUUUCCCUUUUCUCUCGGAUUGUUUUAAUUGUUCUGUAGUGGUUUUAAUGGAUUUGAGACCCUGGAGCGGCAGCUGCCUUUCUGAUUUCCAGCUGCUUUUUGUGAAUAAUUUAAAAAGAAAAAAAAAAAGAAACUUUACAUUUUGGAGACAAACCUGUGUGAGUUUUUUAUUGGUACAAACGUUGUAUUUAACACUAGGGGUUUUGUACAGUUUUUUGCCUUUUCUACUAGAAAACAAUGUAAAGUGAUUUCACAAUGUGAAGAGAAAAAAUUGCCACUAUGACCAAACGCACAGUCUGUUCUGCAGCAGCAACGGGAUUCAAUCAACUCAAAGUCGUGAUUCAGCCGUAGAGAUGCUUUUUUCUUGACCUUGUUUGAGCUUUCCUUUUUUCCUGUUUGAUUUAUAAAAGAUGUCUUUUGUGUGUGAACUUGUGUUGUACUCUGUAGAAAAUUAUGGAUUUUGCUUUAAUGGUUUUUAAAAAAAAAAAAAAGGGCAAGAAGAGCCCUUGUCGCUUUUCUUACCUAAUCACAGUUUGUGUAGUGGAUUAAAAAAGGAAAAGUUGUUAAAAGUUUGGAGCAAGGGAGUGUGUGUUUAAAAGGACUCUCCCUCCCUUUUUUGUGUGUUUUCCUUUUGUCCCAAUGGGGAACCUAAAUCUGUUUUAAUUGCACAGACACACGGACAAAAAGUCAUUUUGUAUCUGCCAAGUGUGGUACCUUCCUUUGUUUAUUUGCUAUUAAACUGUUUGAGAAGAA